AUGAAUACAUUAGACAAGGACAACUGUGGUGCUAAUAUACAAAACAAGUUGGGUUGCACACCCUUACAUAUAGCUGUAUUGUACAAUUAUACUGAAAUUGUAAGGUGUAUAUUGAACCAAAAUGAUUGUGGUGUGAAUUUACAAAACAGGUUGGGUUAUACACCCUUACACAUAGCUGUGUUGCAUAAUAAUGUAGAAAUUGUAAAGUGUUUAGUCCGCGGGGCUGACUGUGGUAACAAUAUUCAAAACAAAAGAGGUGAUACGCCAUUACAUGUUGCAGUAUCGCAUAAUAAUAUAGAAACUGUGAAGUGCUUAAUCAGGCAGAAGAACUGUGGUGACAAUAUAAAAAACAAAAGAGGUCAUACACCGUUACAUUUAGCAGUUGUGAAUAACAAUAUAGAAAUUACUUUACUCAUUCUUGAUGCAGACGUCAAUGUUAAGGAUAAAUGUGGGAAAACAGUUUUAAUGUUGGCUUGUAUGAAAAAAGAUAGAAAAUUGUUAGAAACACUUAUAAUAUGUGGAGCUGAUGUGAAUAUUGUCGACAGCCAUGGUCGAUCUGCUCUA